CAUGCAAAAUGCAGCACGAAAGGAUGAUUCUCAAAGAAACAAAAAUAAAGUCAACUAGAAGCUGUUGCUGAGCCUCUUGGGGCGAUGCUUACAUGUUUCAAUUUUCUGAUAUACGUGUUGAUUGCUGCGCUUUGGUUGGGGCGUUUUGUGGCAGGGGAACACUAAGUUCCUUUGCUUUCCCCUUAAGUUCAUCUGAGAAGCAUGUCACUGACACCCUCACGGCGCCUCUUGCAGACCCCAAAGUUGCCGCACCACGACCACCACAGUUCACAUCUAUUCCGUCCCUCCUCUCCUCCUUACAAAAUGAGUACGACUCGAUCAUCUUCGAGAUGAUCACCCUCAAAAAGCAAUACGAUAGCGUGCGACAAGAGCUCGCGAGCGCACUCUACACGAACGAUGCUGCAAACCGUGUGAUUGCACGCUUACUGAAGGAGCGUGACGAGGCGAGAGAGGCACUUGCAAACAUCGGCGGCACACUAGGGAACGGUGCGGCUGCUUCAACUGCGGCGCAGCAAGAUACCGAUAUGGCAGCUGGGGACGCGGGGGCAGCAGUGGCUGCAGGUGCGCUUCCAGCUGACGCCUUGGCUGAAAUUGACGCAACAGCAGCCAGACUUUCUUCGCAGCGCAAGCCAAAAUCGAAGCAGAAGGCGCCAGCGGGCUACGCAACUCCAGCUCAAGUCCCUUCCUUUGCGCAGACCAAGUCCCUUCCAUCCAUGCAUAGCACCAAGCCGCCAGGGAUCUCUGCGCUGGCACUCAGCGGGAACGGCAACUGGGUGAUCACUGGAGGGAACGACAAGCAAGUGCAGAUCUACGAUCGGGUCUCAGACCAGGUUGUCGCAACACUCAAAGGCCACACGAAGCCCAUCACAUGUGUCGCAUUCGAGCCGCCUUCAGAAGUGGACAUCGGAUCCGAGGCUGCCGGUGCGCUUCCGCCCCCGAGGUUUGCUGUCAGUGCGAGCGAAGACAAGACUGUGCGCAUUUGGCGAGCGGAACCAGAUGGAAGCAAGUGGGCACUAGCACAUACCCUGAAAGGCUUCAAGGAUGCUGUAACCGGUAUUGACGUACACCCAGCGGGCAAGCUCCUCGGCGUCGCCAGCCGCGAUGCCACGUGGGCAUUGUAUGACAUUGAGAGUGGCAAGGCGCUCAUUUCGAUCGACGCGCCGGCGUCUGGAGCCGAGACAGAGGAAGAAGCAGCAGGAGGAUACGCGUAUGAGAGCCUUGCUUUCCAUCCUGAUGGCCAGCUUCUCGCAACCGGCACCAAGGAAGGUGUGAUCAGAGUCUGGGACGUGAAGACCGCGGCGAAAGCUACGACAUUCCGUGGUUCACAAGUGGGUUCCGCGAUCACUGCGCUCAGCUUCAGCGAAAAUGGCUACUACCUUGCAGCUGCGGCCAAGAACAGUACUAUCGUCCAGGUCUGGGACCUGCGAAAGCUCAGCGUGGCGGGCACUAUUGAAGCAGCGGUGAACAGCGAUGACUCGCUUGUCUCAGACGUCGCGUUCGAUCCAUCCGCCCAGUUCCUGGCUGUUGUUGGUUCUGACGCCAAAGUGUACGCCAACAAGAGCUGGAGCUUGCUCUACACCUUUGACGGUAACGCAGCGGAGAUCACAUCUGCAGACUGGGACGCAAAGGACGGCAGUCUUGUAGUCGCCAGCUUGGAUCGGACGCUGAGGACGGUCGGUGUUCCCUCACAGUAGUGGAACGUACGCGCACGUUGUAUUCUCUUAACAGGAUGGCCUUCAAAUGAGAAAAGCGAAAGACAUUCACACGACGAUUCAUGAGAUGGCGCGAUCGGGCGCAGCAUGCAG